CCCAUAUGUCUCCCAAAACUAUGCCUCGUUCUACAUAUCCCCGAGAUUAAAGUUCGAAACCUAUUACCCCAUCAAAGUAACGAUGAACACUUAAACCUACAUGAUAUGAAAGAUCGAAAUCGCUAACCCCAUAAAAUUCAAUUAGUCGGUUUACUGUAUUGAAUUAAAACCAAAAGCUUCAUAAAACCCACAGUAAACCAAUUGAUGACCCGAUUAAGACCCGAUUACCUCUUCUAAACCAAUAAUUGGAAACCCAGAACCAGUUAACCCUUUAACCCGAGAUCCAUAUACCCGAAAGAUUUAAUUUAACGAUUGAAAUCAGAAACCCUAAUUCUCCGAAUCGCAAUUGAGAAGAGAAUAAGGAAAUUAAAGGCCGAGAACGAAGAUCGAAGAAGAGACAGAGUUCGAUGGCUUCAGUCGUUGAUGUAGAUGCUGGAGGUGGUGAAACCUUCGACGAAGAAGCAGAAGAAAGAGAUCAGGUUGAAAUCGAGCAACUGGUCGGAGAGUUCGUUGACGAGUCUUCAGUUCGACAUGACCAGAUUCCUGAGAGUGAUGACGAGGAAGAGAAAGGCUUGAAGAAGAAGCCCACAGAGGUUACUCACAUCAGACGCGGUGAUGGGAGUUUGUACAAGAACCAGACAUUCUUAAAUGAUGUUGCUUUCAAAGACUCGGUUCUUGACUAUGCACUCAAGACAGGCCGAAAUAUCCAGCAAUACAGGUAUGAUAAAGAAAAAAUAGGGUUCAAGUGUGUUGGUUCUAAUGAUGGAGAAGGUUGUGGAUGGAAAAUCUAUGCAUCAGUUCUUCCGAGUGAUAAUGUGUGGAAAGUUAGAGUAUUUGUUGAGAACCAUUCUUGUGUGCCUAAUGGAGAGUGUUCAAUGCUGAAAGUGCCACAUAUUGCUAGAUUGUUUGUUGACAAAAUCAGGGAAGAACCGGAGUAUUAUAUGCCUAUGAAGAUUGAAGAAGUGGUUCAAGAGAAAUGGAGGAUCACGGUUUCGAGGCCUCAGUGCCAAGCUGCUAGAAAUAAGGCGAUGAAGUGGAUUGAGUAUGAGUAUGAUCAUCAGUUUGCUCGUCUUCGAGAUUACGCCGCUGAGUUGAUUGGAUCAAACAAAGACUCGACUGUGGUGAUUGACACUUUGAGAAAUAAGAAGGGACAAGAUGAGUUCAAUAGGUUUUAUGUUUGCUUUGACAACAUAAGAAGAACAUGGAAGGAGACUUGUAGACCCUUGAUUGGUCUGGAUGGAUGUUUUGUUAAACACAAGAUCAAAGGUCAAGUGCUGGUUGCAUUAGGAAGAGACGCAGAUAAUGCCAUAUAUCCAGUGGCAUGGGGAGUAGUUCAAGUGGAAAAUACCGAUAAUUGGUUAUGGUUUGUGAGAAUGGUAAAGAAGGACUUAGGACUCAAUGAUGGCGAGGGAUUUAUUCUAAUCUCUGAUCGUCAAAAGGGACUGAUUAGUGCUGUCCAACAGGAGCUUCCUAAAAUAGAGCAUAGGAUGUGCGUGAGACACAUCUAUGGAAAUCUGAAGAAAAAGCAUGGGAGUAAAAGCGACAUGAAGCCUUACAUAUGGAGGUUAGCUUGGAGUUACAACAAAGCAGAGUAA